AUGGGUCUCACCCGCGUCGUCGCGCCCGUCGUCGCGCGUCCACGCGCGCGCGCGUCCACGCCCAGGCGCGACGUCACCGUCCCACGACGGGCGUCGUCCCACGACGCGCCCGUCGUCGUCGUCCGCGCGCCGCGCCUCGACCGCGCGCGCGCGCUCGCGCUGGGCGUCGUCGCCGCCGUCGCCUCCGUCGUCGUCGUCGCCGACGCGGGCGCGGUGGACGUUGGAUUCUGCGUCGCGACGUGCGCGCGCGAGUGCGCGCGCAUCGCCCCGGGGAGCGACGCCUACUGCUCGGAGACGUGCGCGGACGAGUGCGCGGCGAUGGUGCGCGAUGGCGUGGACGUGAGCGAAAAUGGAUCAUCGAGCGUGUUCACGACGACGCGGGAGACGAGUGGGAUGGAGCGCGCGUUGGUCGGGAUCAUCGAUAAGAGCGCGGUGUUCUUCGCCCCGGGCGCGGAGCUCGCGAAAGAUCCCGCGUGCGCGGAGUGA